CUUUUCCUUCGCUUCCAGCUGCCUUAUAGACACAGCAGCCGCCCGCAGUGAGGAGCAGCAGUGAUCGGCCGAGUGUGCCGGGGGGCGAGUCUUUGGCAUCGGUUUGGUGUAAUCCAAGGAAGGACUGUUCCCCUGUAAACCCUGGGAGAUGGUGACAUAUGAAGUGUGUUGGAAGGACCAUGGUUGAGAGGACCAGCAAGUUUCUGCUGAUUUUAGUGGGGUCGGUGUUCUUCAUGCUGAUCUUGUACCAGUAUGUGGGGCCGGGGAUGAACCUAGGAUCCCCCAGCAGAUAUUACCAGGAGGACAUAGACCUCUUCCCGACCCCUGACCCUCACUAUGUCAAGAAGUACUUCUUCCCAGUCCGGGAUCUGGACCGUUCCCUCACCUUUGAUAUGAAAGGGGACGAUGUCAUUGUGUUCCUGCACAUCCAGAAGACCGGCGGCACCACUUUCGGGAGACACUUGGUACAGAACGUCAGACUGGAGGUGCCUUGCGACUGUCGCCCCGGCCAGAAGAAGUGUACCUGCUACAGACCCAACCGAAAGGAGACUUGGUUGUUUUCUCGUUUCUCCACUGGUUGGAGCUGUGGCCUCCACGCCGACUGGACCGAGCUCACGAGCUGUGUGCCGGGGGUACUGGACAAGAGGGAGACCUCCAUGACAACCAAAAGGAAAUUUUAUUACAUCACUUUGCUGAGAGAUCCUGUUUCUCGAUACCUCAGUGAAUGGAGACAUGUACAGAGAGGGGCCACCUGGAAGACUUCUCUCCAUAUGUGCGACGGGCGGACACCUACUCCUGAAGAGCUGCCAUCUUGUUAUGAAGGCACAGACUGGUCAGGGUGCACCUUACAGGAGUUUAUGGAGUGUCCCUAUAAUUUGGCCAACAAUCGUCAAGUCCGGAUGCUGGCGGACCUCAGCCUUGUAGGAUGCUACAAUAUGUCUUUUUUUCAAGAGAGCAAGCGAGCUCAAGUUCUUUUGGAAAGCGCCAAAAAGAACUUAAAAGACAUGGCAUUUUUUGGGCUCACAGAGUUCCAGAGAAAGACUCAGUAUCUCUUUGAGAGGACUUUCAACCUUAAGUUCAUCAGGCCGUUCAUGCAGUACAAUAACACGCGGGCUGGUGGAGUUGACUUGGACAAUGACACAAUCCAAAGGAUUGAGGAACUCAAUGACUUGGACAUGCAACUCUAUGACUAUGCAAAGGAUCUCUUCCAACAGCGCUACCAGUUCAAAAGACAAAUGGAAAGGAUAGAACAGCGGAAGAAGAAUAGGGAGGAGCGACUUCUCCACCGUUCCAAUGAGGCAUUUUCCAAGGAAGAAACAGAGGACCAAGCUCGCUGGCCCACAGAAGAUUACAUGAGCCAUAUUAUAGAGAAGUGGUACGGACAGUUCUGAUGUAGCAAGGACCUGUUGGAGAACUUGGUGAUUGUAACUUCUCCACCAGCAGCUGCUUCUUAUUCACUAGAGAAAGAAUGAACAUGAACACUAAAGGACAAGAGCCAUUCACUUAUAGAAUCUAUUGUUUUAUAUGUAAUGGAAGAGCUCAACAUGAACUUGGCUUCAUUCAGCUGGUGAGAUGGGAUGACUAAGUUAUUUCUUGCUUUUGGUUUUUAUACAUUGGUCGUGAGAAGUUUUUGACCCCGACAUCUGAAUUUACUUUAUCUGCCCCAAACUUUAUUGUAGGAAAAAUACCAUCUCUUUGACCUAAUAAAUUCAACUUUUCAUAGUGGUAUUUUUUCUAGUAUGUCUACCUAACCCCUGGCAAGGGUUUCCAGACUGCUUUGCACCAAACUCACAAGGUUCUAUAAGGUGGCUGAAGCACACACAACUUCUGUUUAUUUUGCCCUACAAAGUGAAAGUAAAGACAUAUUUUUCCAUCAGAAAUGGAGAGGGUCCAAGAUUAGGUAUGCUACACGUGUAGUUGUCUCUCUAAACCAUGCCUAAUUAUCUCUUCUUUUUCCCAGUAGCCAAUUAAACAUAUCACUGUUGUAAGUCAGGAUUGUGACUGGAUCCACAGGGUUAACAUGAAGCCCACUUCCAAGACUAGUACUUAUAUAGGGCACACUGCUGUUUUUUGUGGCAUAUAUGGGAAUAACAAGAAAAGCACUUAACUUCUCUGGGAUUUGUAACAAUGUGUUGGCAUUAUAUUGCAUUUUCAAACCCCAAUUUGGAUGGACUGUACCUAGUCAGCAAGACUGUGACCCCCACCCACCCCCCUACCCCUGGUCUGUGAGAUGUUCUGAUAACCAAGGUUCUAUUUAAAGAAACAACAAGCUAUUUGACUCUAUUUGUGAUUUUUUUUUUUUCACUGUAUUCAACAAGCAAUGUGAAAUGUUUGCUCAUUACAAUAAAUCAAGAUAUUUUAAGUUA